AUGCCAAUCGAUCCAGCUACUUUUAAAUUCGACACUCCACAAUUUGAUCCAAGGUUCCCCAACCAAAACCAAUCAAAACAUUGUGCUCAAUCCUAUAUCGAUUAUCACAAAUGUGUCAAUGUUAAAGGUGAGGAUUUCGAACCUUGCCAAUUGUUUUUCAAAACUUUUACUAGUUUGUGUCCAUUGGAUUGGGUUGAGAAAUGGGAUGACCAAAGAGCUGCUGGUAAGUUUCCUGUCAAUAUGGAUGCUUAA